AUGCCGAUGCAUAAAUCUGAGUAUAUGAGCGAUGUCUGGAAGGACGGCAUCUUCAACAACAAGGUGGUCUUCUGUACAGGCGGUGCAGGCACUAUCUGUAGUGCCCAGGUCCGUGCUUUAGUGCACCUCGGUGCCAACGCCUGUAUCAUCGGUCGCAAUGUCCAGAAGACUGAGAGUGCAGCGCAAGAUAUUGCAACAGUCCGCCCAGGUGCCAAAGUCAUCGGUAUCGGUGCCGUGGAUGUGCGGAAAUUCGAUGACCUGAAGAGCGCCGUCGAUCGCUGCGCGAAAGAACUCGGUUCAAUCGACUACGUGAUUGCGGGUGCUGCAGGCAACUUCCUGGCCUCUAUUGAGCAACUCUCCGUCAACGCCUUUAAAUCAGUGAUGGAUAUCGAUGUUAUGGGAUCAUACAACACCCUCAAGGCGACCCUCCCUUAUCUGAUUGAGUCUGGCAAGAAGCACCGCAUGGACUCGGAAUCUCUUGCGCUGUCCCCCUUGGGCACUGGGGGAAGAAUCAUCUUCGUGAGCGCGACCCUCCACUAUCGGGGCAUGCCCUUCCAGACCCACGUGUCCGUCGCCAAGGCCGGCAUUGACUCGCUCUCCAACUCUGUCGCCAUCGAGUAUGGUCCGCGUGGGGUGACAUCGAACAUCAUCGCGCCCGGUCCAAUAGCACAAACUGAGGGAUUGGAACGUCUCCUUCCAUCCGACGCCAAAGCGGCUUACACCAAAGCGCAACCCCUGGGUCGUGUUGGACACGUUCGAGACAUUGCUGAUGCUGCCAUCUAUCUAUUCUCCGAUGCCGGCAAUUAUGUCACUGGCCAGACACUUGUUGUGGACGGAGCAAAUUGGCGGAUGUCUGGGGGUUUCGCAACACAGGGAAACCUGCAGUACCCGGAUUUCCUGCUAUCAGGCAAGGAGGUGGCCAACGUCACCGGCAAGAAAAAGUCCAAGCUUUGA